CACAGUUUGUUGUUUUUAUAAGAAAUUAGUGAUUUCUAAUAAGCUAAUUUGCGAAAGUGCCAAUAAAAUCAGAAUUGGAACUAUUUAACUCACAUUGUGUGGACUUUACAGUCGGAGAAAUAUUGAGUACGUGUUUAAGUCUGUGUGGAACCUUAAACAUUUAACUGAGUGAAUAUUUAAAAUUCUUAUAAUAUUUAGAUGCUUGGAUUAAAGUGAUGGCAACGGUACUAUAUCCACAACAGCACGCGUUCAUGCCUCCACACAUGAAUAUGGGACCCCCGCAUCCCGGAUCCGCCCAACAGGCGGCCAUGGCCUGUCAGCGCCAGAUCUUCAAGCCGGCUCCCACACUUCCGCUUCCGGGUUGGGACCCGCGGGCUCCAAUGACGCCACACUGUUCCCGGGUACCGGAAAUGACGCUCAUGUCCAGCUCGGCGCAUGCGCCAACAAUGCAAAUGCAGAUCAGCCAUCGCGAAGACUUUAAAUUUAUACCACGUGAUAUACAACAAGAGAGUGCGCUCCCGCAGUUUUCCUACGAGUACCAUCAGGCGCGUCUGAUGCAGCAAACCAUGCUAGCUACAGGAAGGCCAUAUUUCCCGACACAGGUUUCAAACGUCACGCAUCAACAUUCGGUAAUGACGCCGCUACAGUCGCCGCCGCCCCUUAUAUCCCCUAUGGCACCAAAACAGAUGUCACCUCCCCCAGCAACGGAGGCAGAGACCCCUUGGUGGAGCGUCACCCAACAGACGGACGUAAAGUAUCACAUACCCCACCCCCUCAUGUUCGGGCCCGGGGGUCCAUCAGACCGACAGUUCCAGGCUCACAUGGCGUCUUUAUUGCACAAUAUCAAGCCAAUCACUCCUGCUCGCCGCUGCAGGCGAUGUCGUUGCCCGAACUGUCAAAACCCCUCGAACAACGAUCCUUCGAAAAAGAAAGUACAUAUCUGCCAUUUUCCAGGCUGUGAAAAAGUGUAUGGAAAAACGAGUCAUUUAAAGGCCCAUCUUCGAUGGCACGCGGGUGAGCGACCGUUCAUUUGCAACUGGCUAUUUUGUGGAAAGAGUUUCACGCGCUCGGAUGAGCUACAAAGACAUCUUAGAACACACACCGGAGAAAAACGAUUUUCGUGUAAAGCGUGUGGAAAGCGCUUCAUGCGCAGUGACCAUCUAAGCAAACAUAAGAAAACUCACGAAAGCAAACGAAGUUCUAAAACGGAAAAAUCCGAACAAGAAUCGGACACGGAAAUUAUCGAUCCUGAUACGGAAAAUACCGAUCCGGACAUGCGGAAUUUACCGAUCAGUGACGAUGAAGAAACGGACAUUGAUGUCGAGUUUGACGAUUCGGAUGUCUCGGACCUUUAAUUUUUCACACUAAAUUAAUUUAAAUUUUGCCUUAAUGCUAUUUGAAAUAACCAGUAGAUGCUUAUCCUAGAUGAAAUAGAUUGUUUGUGUUUAUUCUUCUGAAGACUUACGAAGUAUUGAAUAAUUGAUUUAAAUGACGUAAUUUUUCUAUUAAUUUUUUUUUUCAUGACGUCAGUCAUGUGUUGCCUUUUACGCACUUACAUGUAUAGAAAACGUAUGCUUACAACAUUAUAAGUGCCAUUUUACGUAAAUAUUUAAAUAAUUAUAACGAAUUGCUGAUGAUAUUGUUGUAAAGUUGUUCACAAGUGCUAAUAUUUGA